AUGGCCGAACAACCUCGCAUCCUCCGGCCCCGUCCCAGACGAGUCUUCGACGUGACACCUGCGUCCACCGAAUCGUCCGGUCCCCCAACACCCGCGGAGUCCAUGACAGAUUCCCACCUCAGCCUGCACCCCGACACAACCCCCAACUCGACCAGUGUAAGCCGCACCGGAUCGGUGAUGAAUCUGACAUCAUCCACCCUCUACGGAAUCUACUCGCCCACAGCCUUCGAUGGUUUCCGCGAUGAGUCCAGCCCCUGGGGCACGGAAGCCAACUCACCUGCGGCAGAGUUCCCGCCGGAGCCGUCGCAGCUGGCAGCCGAGAAAUCGGCCAUCAUGCCGCGGCGAAUGGCGCUCCGGCGCACUCGCUCCCGCCUGAGUCAGGGGCUGUUCCGCGGUGUUAUCUUGCCUCAGGCGUUGAGCUCUGUGUUGCUGUUUGGCUUUGGUAUUGCUUACGGUGUCAUCACCGUGAACCUCCACGAGAACCAUUGGAUCACGCCUGUCAAGCUGGAGAAUAUCCAUUACUAUGAUUCAUGGCAAUAUCUGGGUCUGUGGGGAUUGGUUGGCAUUGCGCUCGGUAACUUGCUUCCUGCGUUGGACGGGUGGCGUGAGGAGACUGGUGCCGAGAAGGACGACAACUCAAAUGACGAAGAGAGUGAAGACCGCACGCCCUCCUGGGUGACUGUUGCUCGUAGUGUUGGUGCCUUUGUUGGCAUUGCCUUUGCCAUGCGCAAACUUCCCUGGGAAUCUACCACGCAAGCGUCGCUUACGCUUGCUCUCGCCAACCCCGUUCUCUGGUACCUGAUUGAUCGUACGAAGACCGGCUUCGUCCUGUCUUCUACUGUUGGUCUGGCUGGGAUGGGUGCCAUCCUUGGCCUCAAGCCAGAGCUUGUGCCCGCCUCGACUGGUUCGUCAUUCGGUACUGGUGUUCUGAACGGAACAGGACUCGACACCGCGCUCGGCGCUGGGAUUACCCAGGAAAGUCUUGCAGUUCGCGUUUGGAUCGCCAGUGUGCUGUUCUGCGCCUGCGUUUGCUUUGGAAAUGUCGGCCGUCAGCUUGCUAUUGGUGCUGGAAACAGAGACACCAUGAAGCCGUGA